GCACCAACUCUCACAAAAAGCCAAAUGAGCACCGAGUGAGCACCACGCGUUUGCCAAGCGCGCUUUUUCCCAUACGUCGUUCGGGCGUUUUUUUUUUAACUUUUUAGGCGACAAGUGAAUUUGAAAAAUGUUGAACUCAGUGUGCAACUUGAAGUUUUUUCGCGAAGAGUUCAGUUUGGAGAAGCGAAAAUUGCGACACCACGAUGCGACCGACUUUUGCAGGAGUCAGUGGCAACAUAAGGUCAACGGAGGUCAAGCGAGCUGGAGUGCACGCGCGUAUGUGGCCUACAGAUGGUGUGUUUUCCUCUUCGUCCUGUUCGGCGGAAUCGCCUAUGACAUGCUACACACCCUCGGCGAAAAAAAGUGUCGGACGUCCGAGCUGCACUGCAAAUCGAUUUGGUUCAUUUACUUGACCAACUGGAACACCUUCCUCCUUUUGCUUCAAACUGGAAUGGCUACUUUUCUGGUAACAAGACAUCAUUUUUUGCCAAUAAAAUCAGGCAAAAGAAUGCAGAUUAUUCAUAGAGCGUACUGGGCCGUCUACAAUAUGUCCACGGGCGUUGCUCCAAUCGUUACCAUAAUGUACUGGGGCUUCGUGCAUGAUUCAGAAAUCCACAUUGUGGAUUAUGCCAACGUGAGAGAGCACGCGGUCUUCACGGUCAUCGUCCUGCUUGACCUGCUCAUAUGCGCGCACCCGAUCCAUCUGAUGCACGUUUAUCAGCCGGUGGCCCUCGGCCUGAGCUACGUCGCCUUUUCGGCCCUGUACUAUUUCUUCGGCGGAGUGAACCGACUCGGCCGCCCGUACAUUUACGCAAUCAUGGAUUGGGACGUUCCUGACCGAGCAGCAGCGAUUUCGAUUAUUACUAUCCUUUUCGAGUGCGUUGUGUUUUUCUGCGUGUGGACUGUGCAUUUAAUCAGGCGGUUGCUGGCAGAAAAGUGCCUCAGGUCUAAUGCUCUGCAGAACGGCUGCGAGAAAAAUAGCGCGCACGAGUUUGGCGAUGCUUGAAAAAAAAUUGUAAGAAACAAAAUAUUUGUUAUACAUAAUAAGUUCUACUUCUCUAUAUUAGAGGCAGAGGAAACUUUUUAAUACAAGAAUAACUGCAAGCAAAAUUUUCAUUUUCUGACAAUCUGAUUUGUAUAAAAAAGGAAUAAAAUAGA